GGCCACGCGCAGGUGCUCUCCUCAGCUGCCCUAGCCUCCGUGGGUGCACCCGAUGUGUUCAUGGGAUUGGACUGCUUUGUUGCACCGGGCCGUAGCGCCAGGGGCUUUGACGCAGGGCACGUGGUGGGCGUGGCGCUGCAGGGAGGGGCGUUGGCCGCCGUGUUUGCAGCCGCGUGGGUGUAUGAGAUAAUGAGACUCGCCAGGGAGCCAGCUUUGACGUGGCGCAGCAGAGGCUAUGGCACAGCAUCCGCACGGCCCGCCACUCGCACCGCUCCCUGCACCCGCACCACCCCCCGCCACCACCACGCCCACACCCCUCCUUGCAAUCACAGCACGGCGGGCAUGGGGAUGGGGCACAGGGGGUGCAAGAGCGAG